AAAAUCUUCAUCAAAUUUUUCGUGCCUCUGAUUUUUCUUUUUCCCUCUGUCACACUAAGCUCUCUCUCUCUCUCUCGGUCUGCAUCUUCUAUCUUCAUGCGACUCAGAAUCACCUCUCUUUAUUUGUUGACAUUCGUAGACCGUCGGGUUUUCGUCGUUCGCCGUUGCUGUGACCAUUGCCGCUUCAUUCUGGUUCGGUAGGUUAGAUGCCAAAUUCACCCCUAAUGAAGAUUGCCUCACAAGAUAUGCAUUGUUGGGGCAUCUUCAGCAAGCUUGGUAGAAGAGGAUGCUUCUCAAACAAGCUGCCCUUCACCUCUCGCCACCUGACCUACUGCAGCUCUCUCUUGAGUUUUCCUUUGCAAGUUCUUCUAUUUUAUAAGAGGUGUAAUUGUUGCCUUGAUGCAAAUUGCUGUCAAUCUAGUUCAAGAAACAUACGAGGUGGGUGUAUGAAGGGGUGAUUAAUGAUCCUUAUGGUGAACUUUUUAUUGCUGAGAGCAAAUCUCUCCCAAAGGAGAGUCUCACUCAAGAUUAUGAUGCAAAGUGUUGGCGAGAACGUUACAGUCUGGAGGAUAUUCCUAGCUUCCUAGAAAAUGCUGCUGGAACAAUCUUGACAACAGGAAAAUAUUUCAAUGUGAUGAGAGAAUGUGGGCACAAUGUGCAAGUUUUGUUAUGAUUAUGUUGUUGCUUUAUAGUUCACUCAUUUUUUUUUUCUUUUUCCAAAAUUGUUUGUUGAUCUUUAUCUGCUGAUGUUAAUUCAACCGCUUGCCUAGCUAAUUAUUUUGGCAGGUCUCUGUGUCAGAAAAUUCAAAGUUGAUGAGCUUUGGUGCAAAUCAUCAUUAUCUUGAGUGUAUAAAAGCUGCUUAUGAGUUUGCCAGUGGUGAGCUCCUAAAUCUUAUAAAAGAAAAGUAUGACCUAAUGGGAAAAUUGCGGUCUAUAAAACACUAUCUUCUUCUUGAUCAGGGUGAUUUCUUGGUUCAUUUUAUGGAUAUAGCUCGAGAUGAGCUCUUGAAGAAGCCCGAUGAGAUUUCUGUUGAGAAGUUGCAGUCUCUGCUAGACCUUGCUUUGCGCACCACAGCAGCUGCAGCAGAUCCUUGCCAUGAGGACUUAAUAUGUUGUGUGGAAAGAUCUACUUUGAUAAAAAGUUUGAGCAUGCUCAAAGAUCUUCAAAUCAAUCGGGCUGUUUCUGAUAGUAGUGAUUUAGAGGAACCAGUGUGCAUUACUGGCCUGGAAACAUUUUCUUUGAGUUAUAAGGUUCAAUGGCCAUUGUCCCUUGUUAUAUCAAGAAAAGCCUUAACAAAAUAUCAGCUGAUAUUCCGCUUCCUGUUUCAUUGUAAACAUGUGGAUCGCCAGCUUUGUGGGGCAUGGCAAAUACAUCAAGUAUGGAGCAGAAAUCUGUUCCAUAAUUUGUGAAUGUUGGCUCCUUUUGUUUGUCUAAUUUUACUGCCACCUGAUUGUAGGGUGUGUGCGCUGUUGACACAAAAGGAACUGCAAUCUCUUGGUCAUCUGUGCUAUGUCGUAGUAUGCUUAAAUUUAUUAAUAGCCUUCUACACUAUCUAACA